AGUCAGUAACAACAAACUCGUUCUUCGCAAGGCUUUUAUUUUGAAAGGGCGGACUAGGGUGGUCCUGUUGCUUCCGGGAGAUUAACGGACAUGCGCAGUGCGUGCAGCGGCCAGCAUCACGGCGGAGCAGCGUUUCUUCUGCAGCAUUCAUCAGCGAGGGGAUCAUGACUUCCUGUACCCCCCUCUCACAAGUCAUCCUCCUCCUUGUCCUCUUGCUCGGUCCAGCUUCCCAAGAGACCAUCAACCCCGCUGUGGUUGACCUGACAAAUAGGAAUUCAGACUUUAGCGCUCGCGUGUACCGAGCCAUCGCCAGCCGAACAGAUGAAAAUUUCUUCCUGUCGCCAUUCACGCUGUCAACUGGACUGCUUGUGUUAUGGAGUGGCACUGGUGGUUCAACCCAAGAACAGCUGCUCCGAGGACUCGCACUGACCGGUCUGGAGCAUCAGAUGCUUCCAGAUCUGUUCCGGACUCUGAGAAAUGUGGUCCUGAGGGGGGAUGCAGCCAACCUGCAACAGGGCGUGGCCAUAUUCCCUGGGCAGAGUUUCCAGGUGUCAACAGACUUUCAGGAUCUGGUUCAGACCCAGUUUGGAGGGAAGAUCCAGAAGUUAUCCUACACCUCGCCUGCUCAAUCUGAAGAAGCCAUCAACAACUGGGCUCAGGAGCAAACUGGAGGCAAAAUCCGUGAGCUGGUGUCCAGCCUGGACUCGCAAACCCAGCUGCUGCUGGCCUCUGUGGCCUCCUACCAAGCCCGCUUUAACCCACCCUUCAACUCUUCGGUCACGCUGGACGAGCGUUUCUUCGUGGAUAAGUACCACGUGGUCAUGGUUCCCAUGAUGUUCAGGGCCGAUAAGUACUUCCUGGCGUAUGACCGCUCGGUGAAGGCCGGCGUGCUGAAGCUGCCCAUGGCGGACGGAGCAGCCAUGCUGGUGGUGCUGCCCGAUGAGGAUGUUGACAUCACUGCUGUGGAGGACGAAGUCACAGCUGAGAAAAUUCAUGGUUGGAUCCGGCAGUUGAAGAAGACGAAGUUGGAGGUCCAGCUCCCUCGCUUCACGCUUAAGAGUUCCUACUCUCUGAAAGACACCCUCCAGACUCUCGACAUAACUCAGGUGUUUGGGGAUGACGCUGACAUCAGCAACAUGGGAGGAGCUAAAGGCACUAAGCUUUCUCAGGUUUACCAUAAAUCGGUCAUCUCCGUCGAUGAGACCACCGAUGACGGCCUUCAGAGCAGAGACGCCGUGUUCUCCACCCCUCCUCCCCGACUCACCAUCAACAGACCUUUCAUCUUCAUCGUUUAUCAGCAGACCACUGGCACCCUGCUCUUCAUGGGGCGGGUUACCGAUCCACUCAAAAACUAAACUCUCCGCCCAACAUUCCUGAUUAAGUGACGUAGAAAGUCCAAAAAACUAAUGUAAAUAGGAUCCGUUUUAGCAGUGGUUAGCAUGUUGGUUUUGCUGUGCAUGCUAAUUCCAUGUUAGCCUUGUGUUUUUGUUCUCACAGGUUCAUACUUCAGCCUGAUAUGCUAGCAUAGUGUCUUUUAGCCAUUAGUUAUUUAUGAAAUGUUCAAGUUUUUUGAUUAUUUAACUCUGUGAUUAGUGGGGCUGAAUCACUCAUUAAUCCAUUCAUAAAAGUAUAGAUUUGUUCAGCACUUAUAGGUAAAGUCUACUAGCUCGAUGCUAACGGUUAAUGGAAUUUUCCAUAGGAGGCUCACGCUUUCAGGCACAUGUUGGCUUCAUGCAGCGUUCUGCAGAAGGUUUUUGUUGGAUAAAGUGGAUCUUGAUAAUGAGAAAAACCAACGUUAUUGAAGCAAAUCUUUAUCAAUAAAACAUGAUAUCAAGUCAUAAAGUCAUUUUUUUGUUUCAAGCUUUUUCUUUGAUAUUAUGUGUUAAAAUAUGUUGGUUUUAAUGUCAGAUUUUACUUAUAAAUUGUUUAGUUAAAUUAGUGGUUGUGAGAAAAUAGAUUUUCAUAUCUAAAGAAAAAUGUGUUUAAAAAAAAAAAAAAAAUUAGCAUUUUUUUCCUGGCUAAAGUUCCCCUGCAUAAGGCACACAGAUACCUAAUCAACUCAUCAAUAAAGGUGUAUUAUAGAACAUCUAAUUACAGGAAACAUUUGUACAUGUUCUGUCUCAAAAUAAAAAUACUAUUAAAGUGA